UUAGCACAAAAUGCAAUACCGGAAAGGCCGAGACGGCUUCGUCGGUCGAUUUCUCGUGGAUCGAGCGAAAGUCGUGGCUCGCGCGACCUGUCAAAAGAAAUAAUAGCAAGCGGUGGCCUCGCCAGCACACAUUUCCAGCAACGCGUGAUCAACGUCUCAAAUGCGCCACCAGUGAGCCUGAAACGCGAGAAAACGGGCGAGUGGGAAAUCAAACAAGGCUCCGGCGGAUUGGUCUCGGCUGUAGAUCCAGUGAUGUCUAAAGAUAAGGAAAACGUGAAGGACAAAGACGAAAAGAAUUUGCAGCCAACAACAAACACUCUAGGUUUGCCACUGCUGAAACAGGCUCAUGCGGAUGUACUUUUCCAUGUGCUUGCCGAUGAGCCAGACGAGAAGGAACAGGACGCGAAGAACAAAGCUGUCAGGUAUUUUGCGACAGUAAUCUUAUUUAUAACUUCUUUGUUAAUUACGACUGCCUUAGGAUCGGACUGUCUCCGAUGCUACUAA